GUCUUGAUGCAGAGUUGUCAUACGUGAGGAAUGAUGUGGUUAAUCACUACGCGUUGUCCUUCAAUCUCUUAAUACCCAGCGAGACCAACAACCUCCACUUCAGCUGGCAUGCUAAAUCCAAGGUUGAGUACAAGCUGGGAUUUCAGGUAGAUAAUCCCAUGGCUAUGACUGCGCCCCAGGCCAACAUUUCUCUACAAGGAGAAGUUCCUCGCACUCUUUCAGUGUUUCGUGUUGAACUCUCCUGCACUGGCAGACUCGACUCUGAGGUCACAAUACUGAUGCAGCUCAACUUGACAAUAAAUUCAUCAAAAAACAUCACAGUUUUAAAUUUCAAACGAAGGAAAAUGUGCUACAAAAAGCUUGAACCAGAAUUAAAAUCUCCAACAUCAGACAGAAACAGCAGCAAGGCUAUCUUCGAUCCUGUAAAUGCAGCUCCCACCACUUCCACUCGUGUGUUUUAUAUCAGUGUAGGCGUGUGCUGUGCUGUUAUAUUCCUGGUGGCAAUCAUAUUGGCUGUCUUGCACCUCCACAGCAUGAAAAGGAUAGAGUUGGAUGACAGCAUUAGUGACAGCAGUAGCUCACAAGGUUUAUCCCAACCUUCCACACAGACGACACAGUACUUGCGAGCUGACACGCCGAACAACGCAACGCCAGUAACCAGUUAUCCUACCUUACGGAUAGAGAAGAAUGAUCUUAAAAGUGUCACUCUAAUGGAAGCCAAAGCUAAAGUGAAGGACAUAGCCAUCUCCAGGGAGAGGAUAACUCUAAAAGAUGUGCUCCAAGAAGGCACAUUUGGGCGCAUUUUCCAUGGGAUUCUAAUAGAAGAAAAAGACCCCAAUAAAGAGAAACAAGUUUUUGUCAAAACUGUUAAAGAUCAGGCCUCAGAGGUGCAGGUGACAAUGAUGCUGACUGAAAGCUGUAAACUCAGAGGACUUCAUCACAGGAACCUGCUGCCUAUCACCCAUGUCUGUAUAGAAGAGGGAGAGAAACCAAUGGUGCUGCUCCCAUACAUGAACUGGGGGAACCUUAAACUAUUCUUGCGACAGUGCAAGCUGGUAGAGGCCAACAAUCCUCAGGCAAUUUCCCAGCAGGACCUUGUACAUAUGGCGAUCCAGAUUGCCUGUGGAAUGAGCUACCUGGCCAGACGGGAGGUCAUUCACAAAGACCUGGCUGCUAGAAACUGUGUCAUUGACGAUGCACUUCAGGUUAAGAUUACAGACAACGCGCUAUCUCGAGACCUAUUUCCCAUGGACUACCAUUGCCUGGGAGAUAAUGAGAACAGACCAGUUCGAUGGAUGGCUCUGGAAAGCCUGGUUAACAACGAAUUUUCCAGUGCUAGUGAUGUGUGGGCCUUUGGAGUAACGCUGUGGGAGCUGAUGACUUUAGGCCAGACUCCCUACGUGGAUAUCGACCCCUUUGAAAUGGCUGCUUAUUUAAAGGAUGGCUAUCGAAUAGCUCAGCCAAUCAACUGCCCCGAUGAACUGUUUGCUGUGAUGGCCUGCUGUUGGGCCCUGGAUCCUGAAGAAAGACCCAAGUUUCAGCAGCUGGUGCAAUGUCUAACUGAAUUUCAUGCAGCCUUGGGAGCCUACGUCUGAAACUGCAGAAGAAGAUUCAAUUCACUGACUGGGAGAAGGCACGGCAUAGAUCUGCAGCUCCAUGCGUGACUCGGACUCACACACGUGAUGUGUAUAAAGCAGCACCAAAGGGAGAAAGCACUUCUUCCAAAACACUGUGCCUUAGAAUGCUUUAGUAGUCUGAAGUUUUUUUGUAAGACCUCUUAAUGUUGAAUAUUUUCUAGAUAUCACUUUUGCUAAGUUAAAUCGAGACCUUUUCAUUUGCCAUCAGGAUUUUUAAAGUGUAGUGAUAGUGAACUUAAACACGAGAUUUGGAUGGACUUUGCACUCUUACCAGACACGUGAUUUUUUUUUUUUUGAAGGGUAUUUGGAACUGGUAGAAAAGUGAAGAUGGGGAAAAUAAUGCA